UCGAGGCGCCCCAACAAUCCAGGCUGAAGUCCAGCUGAAGCUCUUCCCUGCGAUUCCUUGAGGUGCGAUUAUCCUGGAAGGAGGGAAAUGGAAGGAGCUCAGGUCGGCCUGGUCAGGGACUCCAUGCUGGUUAAUCCUCUUUUAAUUAGGCCUAGCCUGGGGAGAACUCGCUCCAAGGGGCUGGCCAUCCCAGGGCCAGACUUUGUGUACGGGACAGUCACGACCGUCAAGGAUGGUGGCGUUUCGGAAGCCCUCUCCCAUUGGCGGUCCCACUCGUUACCCGGCAGCAGCAGCGGGGCCCACGGCAGGCGGGGGGAGAAGGACUUUGUUGUGCUGAACCGGGAGGGGGUGAAGUCAGGCCUGGUGACAGCCAAAGAGCACUACCAGUACCGCGCCACGCAUGACGUCCGCUGCCCCACCCCUGCCAAGAAGGGCUCCCGGCUCGACCCCGCCCACAGGAUCCCUGACAUGACCUUCGGCAUCCCCACGCGCCCCUCCACUCCCAUCUCCCACCUCCUGGAGCAGCGCUACGCCAAGCGCUGGCUGGAGGAGCAGCAGAGCAGAGACCAAGCAACACUGGAGCGCAGACACACGAGGGUGCAGCUGGGGCGUGUACCUGAGACACGGACCACCCUCCUGAGGAAGAGUGUCGCCAUCGCCGAGCCCCCGUCGCUAUGGAAACUGCCCCGCUUCCAGCAGGUGGGUCCCGCUCUGAACACCUUCCGGGACCCUGCAGCUCGGAGGAAGGCCCUCAGAGCGCAGCACUCCGACACAGCGGCACCCCGAGACCUGCUGCUGCACGGCUCCUCCAGCCUGAGCUAG